ACCCGAGAUCCAGUGCAGCGUUUCGACGAGCUUCUGGCAACGAAGCUGGCAGUGGCCGCCUCAUUGACCAAAUAGGCAUGCGUCUCUCGCUCCUCGCCGUCGCAGCCGUGUCCAGCGUCGGCGCCCAGGCGUCGACCGCGUGCGCAGCGACGAGCUGCUACGCAGGCGCGCAGUUCAACUCGGCCAACAAACUCACGGCCGCCCAAGCCAUUGGCAACCUCCAAGCACCCUGCUACGAAGUGCAGCCGCAGGGCGUUGCGUGCUACGCGUACACGACAGCAGGAACGUGCCCGUUCAAGGGCAUGUCCGACUGCGGCACGAGCACCGUCGUGACGACGACACCCAGUAUAACAACGUCCACGGUCCCUACAACGCCCGUGGCGUCGACGACAGUCGCACCCGGCACGCCGACGUUAGCACCCGGCACACCGACGCUGGCGCCGGGUACCCCGACAUCUGUGCCGGGCACGCCGACGUCGGCGCCCAACACGCCGUCCGGUAGCUCUCGCCGACCGUCGACGCCGAGCACACCGAGCGGCUCCAACACGAAGGGCUCAGCCUCGGGCAGCCAGAACAACACGGCGACCAACGGCGCGGCCGUCGAAACGUCGAGUAGUAUUGGCUCCUGGCCGUACUUUGUGGGCGGCGGCGCUGCCCUUCUGCUCAUCGGCGUCAUUGUGAUCGUGCUCAUCCGCAAGACGCGGGACGGCGACGACGACGACGAGGUCGAAGACCACAUCUACCAGAGCCAACACCGCAGCGGAAAGCACUCGAUGCAGUCCGUCUCGGGCACGCAUGUGAGCCCGUAUGACGUCAAGCAGACGCAUUCGUACGACGUCGAGACGGGUUACCAGCCGACGAUCGGCUACCACGACCCGCGCCCGCAGCAGUACCAGCCGCAAGGGUCGGGCUACGCGCCGCAGUCGCCAUACCGCGCCAAGCCCGCGAUGGUCCAAGCGAGCCAGAUGCCGCCGCCGCCCGUGGUGACGAACCGAGACAUGCAUCUGCUCACGACGACGACGACCACAAACCACGGUAGCAACCGCAACAACAACUACAACGUCGCACCGGACGACGACCGUCAGUCGGUAACCUUUUAAACGACGCGAUGGACUGCGCGUCCGACCGUGAAGUUAGUAGACUACGUUAGUACAUACAUAAUUGUCGUCGGUAUUAUUGGAAAGAACCUGAUUUCUGU